AGGAGGAUUCGGGUUACAAGUUGUAACCGAUCUCACGGUGCAGCAGAAGAAACACUCUUUCAAUAAUUCACACUUUGAUACUCGAAACAAGAAGGAGCUGCCGGGAGGGUGCUGCUUUUUUUUUAUCCGAGGAAAAACAAGCGAAGAAACAUGAAGUGACUUUCCCUGCGCUGCCAGGAUGAAAACUUGAGAUUUAAAUCCGAUUUAGGUGUCUUCUUGUCGGCUUACCUUUCUCCUGAGUCCCGCUGAGUCUUCACCAUGGACUCCUUCAGCACCAAGAGCUUAGCGCUGCAGGCGCAGAAGAAGCUGAUGAGCAAGAUGUCCACCAAGAGCAUGGCCAACCUGUUCAUCGACGACACCAGCAGCGAGGUGCUGGACGAGCUGUACCGCGUCACCAAGGAGUUCACGCGCAACCGCAAAGAGUCCCAGAAGAUCAUCAAGAACCUGAUCAAGAUGGUGGUGAAGCUGGGAGUUCUCUACAGGAACAACCAGUUCAACGGAGAGGAGCUCAUCCUGGUGGAGAACUUCAGGAAGAAGGUCCACACUCUGGCCAUGACGGCGGUCAGUUUCCACCAGAUCGAGUUCACCUUUGACCGCCGCGUAAUGAGCGCCAUUCUGAAUGAUUGCCGCGAGCUGCUGCACCAGGCCAUCAAACGCCACCUGACGGCCAAGAGCCACUCGCGGGUCAACCACGUCUUCAAUCACUUCGCCGACUGCGACUUCCUGGCAAAUCUGUACGGCCCGUCGGAGGUUUACCGUGGACACCUGCAGAGGAUCUGCAACGGGGUCAACAAGAUGCUGGACGAGGGGAACCUUUGACCUCCGUUUGGCUCCUCAACGGGCUUCUUUUACCUCCCAGUGUGCAAGAUUUCUUUUUUGUUAUUUUUAAAGCUGACAAUCGUUUUGCAUGCGUGUGCCUUUCAUCCAUAACACUGACAAUAUCUCGGCUAGUUAUUCCAAGAAGAACCUGCUCUUAUCAGUAUAUUCAGGGAUAAGAGCCAUGACAACUGUGCCUUUUAUGAAAAUAGAUUUAAGGGUUUGAUCCGUUACUGAAAGGAACAUAAUUGAAGCACAGGCCUUCAGCCACGAGGAGCUGUUAAUGGACCAAGAUGUAUUUUGCGAGCAACAGGAGAGGGUGAUGUUUUUUGGUUCUUUCCAUCUAAAUGCUGACCUCCAACAGGCGCCUCAUGGGACACCUUUUACAUCCAAUAUGCAUGAUUUCCUUUAGUUUUUUUAAAGAUGACAAUCAUUUUGCAUGUGUGUGCCUUUCCUCCAUAACACUGAAAGUAUGUCUGCUAGUUAUUCCAAAGUUUCUUCUUCUUCAGACGGACUUUUUGUCACUGUUACCAGAUGUUUGUCCACAGAAUCCAGGCACAGGCCUUCAGUCACUAGCAGCUUUUAAUGGACCACAAUGUUUUUUGAAGGCACCAGGAGAAGAAAGCAAGUGAAUUCCCUUCUUUUCUAAAUGUCUAAAGUAGUGUUGCUCCUCAACGGGCACCUUUUACGUCCAAUAUGCAAGAUAUAUUUUGUUUUGUUUUAAGAUGACAAUCGUUUUGCAUGCGUCUGCCUUUCAUCCGUAACACUGAAAAUAUCUCGGCUAGUUAUUCCAAAGUUUCUUCCUCUCCAGACGGACUAUUUGUCACUGUUUUUUCUUUUUUAUGAAUGUAAAACUUCGUGCUCUUAUCAGUAUAUUCAAGGAUAGGAGCCUUGACAGCUGUGACUUUUUAUAAACACACAUUUUAAGGGCAUGAUCUCUUACUUAAAAGGAACAGAAUCCAGGCACAUGCCUUCAGUCUCAAGGAGCUUUUUAAAUGGACAAAAUGUUUUUGGGGGCACCAGGAGACAAAAGCAAGUGAAUUCCCAUCUUUUUUCUGAAUACCGGAGGAUAUAAAGAUUUUUUGUGACGCACUCGAUCCCGAAUAAGCGCUGUACUGUACUUUCUCGCAAAAAUGAAACCAUGUGAAACCGUUUUAGUAAUCGUGCGUUUUCCAGCAACAUGCACUGAACUCUGCAGAGGCCUUUUGUGUCGGAUAAAACCCAGCGUUUCCUCUUUAAUAGCGUGCUUUAUAGCCACAACAAAAAUGAAGUAUUCAGGUCGAAGAGGAACUGGAGGAAUUUGACUACGCUGUGUGUGUAAAAAAACUCCCAACUGUGUUUUAUAAACGUCAGAAUCUCAACAAGGGGAGCGGCACGAUGUGUCACCACCGCUAACGUUUCCCUAGCGUUCUCAUCACAGAUCACAGUCAAACUACUCGUCAUGAGAGGUGCGGGGGUAUUUAUUGUAGGCCGACCCAGGAAGGUAGCAUCUCCCUGGUUCCCUCGACAAAAGCAAUGUGGUUUCUCCAUGUGAUUUUGGAUUAUUGCAGCAAAUAAUCUGUCUCAAACAAACGUUUACGAUACUUACAGGUGUUGAUCAGCAGAAAAAUCUCCGCAUAUUAACAGCACGUGAAUGAUUUCUGAAGUAAGAAGCUAACGUUAGACUGUAAAGGAACCAAAGCACGAUCACAUGACUUCACGUAACCACUGCUAUGCUAAUGUUGGGCGUGAUGACGUUUAGUCGUCUCAUUUAGACACUUGUUAUCGACCGCUGUUUCCGGAUCUAUUGGGGGUAUUUACUGAAGUAUUUUAAGUCAUGGAACAAAAAUCUCUUCAGCUUGUGUUAACCACAGACCCUAUUUCAAGAUUCUAACUAAAAACACAUUCACAAAACCAUUGACUUCCAGACGUGGGAACCAGAGGCGCUAAAAUACUGACUCAUUCCUGCACCUCACUAUUGAUUUGAAGCCCAGUGUCGGGUUAAUAGAUGAAUCGUCGCUGCCUCAGGUUCAUCCAGAAAACCAUGGUUUGAAUUCUGACAGAUUUGAACUCAAAAGGCUUCCCAGGAGCGUUGGGAUGAAAGGACGGACCGCAGCCUGCAGCUCGGCGUCCGUGCAAAAGGCCAGGCGGGGUUUUAGUUGAGAGAUUAGAGCUCACACAAACAGUACCUGAUGUCCUCUAACGCUGCAAUUACACUCCCCACUCGGCGGCGGGAUAAUGGCCGCUCUCCACCUCGCCUCGCGGAAUAAUGUGACGUAGAUCUGUGUUUGUUUGCGCACUGCAAGCCCCCUUUAUAAUGGACAGAAAGAGUGUGGUUCUUCCUUAUAACGGAGAAUAUGAAUACUCCUGAAACCUCACAUAAUAGCCUUUUUUUCUGUAUCACUGAGCCUGUCUGGGAGAUUGUUUUGUUCUGCGGCCUCAUUUUGUAUUCUGUCUGUGUUUGUGUGUUUGUGUGCGUACCUGUGAGAGAAUUGGAAAUGGAGCCGUGUAAUAAGCGCUGUGCUUCUUAAACUUCCUCACUUCAUCCACAGCUUCUCCCUGCCAAAGAAACGAAUAUUAAUGCGAGAAACAUUACGAAAAAGAAAACGGUAUGCACUUGAUAAUUUAUAGUAACGGUGAUUAUGAAGAUGGUGGCUGUUGUGGGUUUUUACUUCAAAUUCACCUUAUUAGUCCUUUUAUGUAACGAGCAUAUUUUCAUUUGUUGGAUUAGCUUUCACUGCGUCAAAAAGUAAAUCCCUCUGGUCGAUUGAAUUGUCUUUAAAUGCCAUUUUCUCCAAUCCCUCCACAUCUCAGGGUUAAAUCUCCCUCGGUAUAAAACCCAUGACACACUAAGUAGAAAUAAGCAGCAGCCCCACUUAAGCCCUCAAACUAAGCAUACUUAUUUUGUUUUUUUCUAUUAUGUGAAUUUGUAUUUUUGACUCAUGUACAUAUGAUUGUGUCUCUAUAUUGUAUCCAAAUAUAAUACUUUUUUAAAACUAUA